AACUGAACGUUACCGGACGUCGUAUAGACUCUAGGUUAUGCAUAGAUUGAAGAGUUACAUCUAUGGUCUAUGUCAUGUUGCUUCCAGCUUGAUCUGUUUUGAAGUCUGACAGAUAUGAACACAGACAGUGAUAGUACUGAUUCAGCUUUUGAGUAUGAUAUAAAAAUGAAUGGUAAGUCUUUUGAGGUAACUGACAGGGAAGGCCAGUCAGCACUAGUGCCAGGAGUGACUGCUACCAAACCUCCUGUCGAGAGCUCGUCAAGACCAUUUACGAAUUACAAGACACCAUGUUUUGAAACUGAAGUCGAAAUACCAAAAUCUACGCGCACUACAAGUAGUAUGGUGGCAAAAGGUGGAACCCCCGUUCAAGAAAUGGAGCGUCAUGGCGACCAUCAAUCCAUUCCAGUCUACUCUAUACAGGCAGAAAGGUCUCGUAGUACCUCAUCAAGUGAUGAGGAGACGCCGCUAUUAAGUACACUGCUAAGACGACCAAGAAAUAUAGGUAUAUGCAGACAAUCCUCUCUUAAGAGCUGUCUAACCACUGGCUUACUCAUAAUAAUAGGAAUAUUACUGAUUAGCAUUUUUGGCUCGAUGAUUUGGGUAAAAUCAACAAAACCAGAGCCGAUAUUUAAAGGAGUUGAUGUCGACAACGAGGAUACUGUUCUGGUUGACUUCUUUGACACGUUUCUCUAUAAAGAAAUCGAAAUUUCUAAAGCUGAGGAUAGUCAUUGUCCUGAUUGCAAAGUGGAAAUAUAUUCGUUUUAUCCCGACGAUAUAAUUGUUGAUGAUAAUUACUACAACAUUUCAGCCGAUAGUUUGACUACUACACAUGAUGACAUUUUGUUAUCACCGAAUUACUUCAUAUCUAAUUCUAAAAUCAAAGUAUCUGUGACAUUCUAUCCGCAAAAGGACCAAAACACCACGGUCGAAUUUCUGCUCUUCAAUGAUCUAGAGUUGUACGAGCCGUUUCAAAGAGGAGAAAAACCUAACCCUUAUCAAAUAUAUCCUGUUCAAGUUAACGAAAAAGAAAAAACUUUCUCAAUAGUGAUAGUGGUUGCCAACACUGGUUACUUUUUUCUUGGAAUCAGACCAUCAGAUUCGCCAGUUACAUUCGGGUUCCAAAUAACUGUUCAACAGAUCUACUAUUCGAGAAAAGAUUUUCCAUCUCUAACGUGUCUACUAGAAUCGACAAAAUCUUGCACAAUACGAUUUACUGUGAGUCAUACUGACGAAUAUACGGACACACUCAAAACAUGUAUUUUUGUUUAUUCUAUUCCACCGCCUAAUUUCCCCAAGUCAUAUUACGUCAGUUUAGAGUACAAUGUGUAUCGUGGAUUCUGGAACACUUGGUCAAUUGGUCUAGUAUCAGGUAUUGGCGUAUCUUCCCUUUGUGUGUCAGUUCUGUGCUGUUACUACAUUUUUUGUCUAUGUAACUGCGCACGGGCUCACAAAAGAAAAUUUUAGGCAGUUUUGACAAUUUUUGUAAUUUUUUCCAAUCUUAACAGCUUCAUCACAUCAACUAGCUAUAUUUUAUAUGAUUAUAAUUAUAAUUAUUCGUACAAUACACACUAUAUAAAAAGAUAA